GUAACAACAUUCAUCUCGAUGUCGGUCUAAGUACACGGGCACAGGAGAGACGUUUACAACUAGAAACACUCAAAAGUUAACGGUUUUUUAAAGGGUGACAGAUAUUAGUGCUCUCCAUUAACAACCGGAGCCGCUGUAUACGGUUUUCGUGGAUUUAAACGCUGGCACUGGAGGAAACGUGAAAGGAUAUUUAUUGGACUCUUGCAUCAUGACAAAUGAGGAUGCUAAGGUGAUCCCAGUGCGGGUUGCCUUGCGAUGUCGCCCGUUGGUACCUAAAGAAAUCAAUGAAGGAUGUCAGUGCUGUCUCACUUUUGUGCCUGGUGAGCCACAGGUUAUUGUUGGAACAGAGAAGGCGUUCACCUAUGAUUAUGUAUUUGAUCCCACUGCUGAACAAGAAGAAGUCUUUAGUACAGCUGUGUCCCCCUUACUGUGUGGGCUUUUCAAAGGCUACCAUGCCACAGUUCUUGCAUACGGACAAACAGGAUCUGGAAAGACCUUCUCCAUGGGAGGAACGUACACAUCAGCUCAAGAGAAUGAUCCUUCAGUCGGCGUUAUUCCACGAGUUAUCAGAAGAAUUUUUGAGGAAAGAGAGAAAAGGACAGACUGUGAAUUCUGUCUGGCAGUGUCUUACCUGGAGAUCUAUAAUGAAGAUAUACUGGACUUGCUGUGUGCAUCCAAAGAUAAACCUGCCAUAAGCAUACGGGAAGACCCCAAAGAUGGCAUUAAGAUUGUGGGGUUAACUGAGAGGCAGGUGUUCUCUGCCCAUGAGAUGGUGGGCUGUCUCGAGCUGGGAAACUCCGCUCGCACCGUGGGCUCAACAGCGAUGAAUGCUGCUUCUUCACGUUCACAUGCUAUCUUCACCAUCACACUGGAGCAGCGCAGAGGGACAGACAAAGCUGACUCGGUUGUUUCAAAGUUGCACCUUGUGGAUCUGGCUGGUUCAGAGAGACAAAAGAAAACCAAAGCAGAGGGAGAUCGUUUAAAGGAAGGCAUCAGCAUCAAUCGCGGCCUUUUGUCCUUGGGUAAUGUUAUCAGUGCGUUGGGAGAUGAAAGCAAGAAAAACACCUUUGUUCCUUACAGAGACUCCAAGCUCACCCGCCUGCUGCAAGACUCACUGGGAGGCAAUAGCCACACUUUGAUGAUUGCCUGCAUCAGUCCUGCAGACUCAAAUAUGGAGGAGACCAUCAAUACCCUGCGAUAUGCUGACAGAGCUCGCAAAAUUAAAAACAAACCUAUAGUCAACGUUGACCCCAGAGCUGCAGAAAUGAACCGUUUGAAACAACAGGUUCAGGAACUGCAGGUGAUGCUACUUCAUGCCCGUGGGGGAGUAGCUCCAGUGCUCUCUGGCCCAGAGUCCGCGGAGAAUGUGACUAAGCUUUUGGAAAGGAACCGUGCUCUAACAGACGAGAACAAUAAGCUGAGCAGGGAGCUGAGCGAGGCAGCUGGACAGACCGCCCUCAUGUUUGAGAAGAUCAUUAUGACAGAACAAGCAAAUGAGAAACUACAGAGCAAACUGGAACAACUGCGACACCAUGCAGCAUGUACAGUGGAUCUUGAGAAAUUGUUGGAGAAGCUAGAGGACCAGGAGUUGAAGGAGAAUGUUGAGGUGAUGAGGAAUCUGCAAGAAAUCGUCUUGGAGCUCAAGAAUGAGAGCGCAGGCAUCGCUGCCUCCAUUGAAGCCAUGGCCGCAGGAGAGGAUGUACCUGAGGUGCCUGGGAAUGGCAGUAAAAACGCAGCAGAUGAUUCCCCAUCAGAUGCCACUGCUAUUGCUGGUAAGGACUCCCCAGAGGCCUUUGCAACCCAUCAUGCACUGCGGCAGGCCCAGCUCUCCAAGGAAUUGAUUGAGCUGAACAAAGUGUUGAGUUUGAAGGAAGCUUUUGUGAGGAAAAUGUGCCAGAAUGACAGCCAGCUGGAGCCGAUGCAGUCAGAACACCAGAAAAAUGUACAGACUCUGCAGUCGGCAGUGGAUUCUCUGCAGAAGGAGAAAGAAGAGCUUGUUUUGGCACUUCAGUCUGCAAAGAAAGACACUAACCAUGCUAAGCUUAGUGAGCAGCGGAGGAAGAGGCUGCAGGAGCUUGAGGGCCAGCUCGUGGACAUGAAGAAGAAGCUUCUCGAACAAUCCAAACUGCUGAAACUCAAAGAGUCUUCUGUUCAGAAAGUUAGCAAGCUCAUGCAGGAGAUCCAGGCUAUGAAGACCCAGCGUACGCAGCUGAUGAGGCAGAUGAGGGAUGACUCUGAGAAAUUCAGACACUGGAAGAGCAAGAAGGACAGGGAGGUGCUGCAGCUGAAGGAGAAGGAUCGUAAGCGCCAGUACGAGUUGCUGAAACUUGAGAGGGAUUUCCAGAAACAGGCCAAUGUUCUGCGUCGUAAAACUGAAGAGGCUGCAGCUGCAAACAAGCGGCUGAAAGAUGCCCUACAGAAGAGAAGUGAGGUGGCAGAGAAACGGAAAGAUGCUCAGAACAGAGGAAUAGAGGGAGCUGCUGCGAGAGUUAAGACGUGGCUUCUGAAUGAAGUGGAAGUGAUGGUUAGCACAGAAGAGGCUCGGCGUCACCUCAGUGAUCUGCUGGAGGACAGAAAGGUCUUGGCUCAGGAGAUCAACCACCUUAAACAGCAGAUAGAGGCUGGAGAGAGACCUGCUCCCAAAAUCAGGCGUCGGACACUGAUCAUCUCUGAGCUGGAGAGUCACGGGGCGCUGGAAACACCUCUGACCAAACAGGUCGAGAACCUGGAGACAGAAAUGGGUCUCAGGAACGCCCAGAUAGCUGACCUCCAGCAGAAACUUCUCGUCGCAGACAGCGAGGGGCGUUUGAAACAGCGCAUAGAUGGAAUCACAAGCAUCGUGGAUGCCAAGUGUGCCCUUAAAGUCCUGAUGUCUGAGCUGGUGUCUGCUAAAACAGCCAGUGCCAAGCUGGAGAGUGAACUCAAACAGGAGAAGGGAAAUGCACAAGAUUUAAGGAAGAUGCUUGCUGAUGAGAGAAACGUGAUGUCCACCAUGGACAUGGAGCAUCAGCAGCAGCUGGUGGAACUAGAGCAGAGGCAUCAGGAGAAGGUGCUUUACCUCCUCAACCAGCUGCAGAGCAAACCCAUAUGUGGAGAUUCAGACGAAACAAACCAGAAAGACGAGGAGAGUUCAAAGGAGAAGGAGCUUCUCCAGCGCCUCAAAGUUCAGGAGGAAGAGCUCGAAAAGCUGCGAGCAUUAAGUGAGCAGAACCAGACGCUGGUGGAGCAGAACGAGCAGUACAGACAGAAAUUCUCACUGCUCCACCUGGCAAGUGGAAAGAAAAUCCUUGUGCCUCCAACCAACAAUGAAAACAGCAUAGAUGACUCCUUUGAGUACGUUCCUCCAAAGCCUAAGGGGAAGCGUAUCACCACAGCUAAAGCACCACUGAACAUGGCCAUCAACAUUGAAGAACUGAUGUCUCCCAGUGAGGAUGACGAGGAGGAAGAGGACGAGUGGCGUCCUGAGAAACCUGAGAAGGGACGCAGAGCCUCAAAGAAACCAAAGGCCACUGGGUGUGCGUGUAAAGGUCGCUGCAGUAACAAGCAGUGCAGGUGUCGCAAAGGAAAGAUGACAUGCGGAGAGAACUGCCAGUGCGAUCACGAGAAAUGUCGAAAUAUGGAUAACCAGGUGGCUGCUGAGGAUGCAAGUCAGACAGAAAGUGUUUCCAGAGACUCUGUGUCUCUUCAAGACCCAACAUCCGUCAGCCCCGACAACACCACGUUCUUCAAACCGCCAUCUUGUACUCCCACCAAGAAGGUCCUGCAAGAAAUCGGAGACAUGGGACAUGCCACCGCAGACCUGAAGCUGGUCAGGAAACCCAUCCUGCCAGAGGAAGAAGAGGACGAGGACGAGGACACAACAACAGUCAGCUUCCUCAAGAAGAAGAAACGAAUCCUGACCAGUUUUCAGAACAGUUUUUUCUCUGGGUGCACUCCGAUCAGAGAGGAAUCGUAACAGAGUGUGGUGGGGCUUUUUACAUUAGGCGUCCACAUGUGUUUGGUUAAAUGUUUUGUCAGAAUGUUUUCAGUCUUUUUUACAUGUGACUAAACUGUUGUGUAAUGUGACUUGAAAGUAGCUGUUGGUUGUAAAACACUUUUUUUUUCUGUAGAGGGAAACAAAAGGAUUAUAAAUAGCAUUCAAAUAUACUGGAAUUCCCAAUGAGAUGAUCAAGAAGCUUGUAAGUAACUUCUAGUUUAAUGAAUUACAUAAUAUUUCCCCAUAGAGAGACUAAAUUUACAUUACACACAUUACAACACAUCGUCUUGGGGGUGGGGUGGGCAACCUGUAGGUUUUUCACUGUGCUUUUAGUAUCAGAGCUGAAUAAAGUCUUACAGUUAAAUCUUGUUUUUAAAAGAACAACAAACUUUUUCUUUUUUGUCUGAAUGUGUAGCACUGUUUCAUUUCUUAGCAGUGUUUUAAGUUGAUUGAAAAUAAUUUAUUUCAUUCAUUAGUGUGUUAUGAUUAAUGAUUAAUAUUUUACUUUUGACUCACUUUCAUUGCUGUUUCUUAGCAGCGGUUAAUCUUUAGUGGAAAGGUUAUUUGACUUUCAAUUAAAAAAAUAAACCUUAAACAGGAAAACUGUUUUAAUUUCACACUAAUCUAAAUGUGUAUGUUAAACUGAACAGGAUGAGUACUGACUAUAUUAGUAGUACACACAUUUCUUUCUUACAAAUCCCCCAAAUGGUCAGAAGAGCAAAAUAAAUGUCAAUUCAGAAUUCCCAUUAUGUCUUUGUAUUUUAAUAUCCUGCAGUCUUCCAUGUUUGGCUGCUUUAGAAAAGUUUUUUCUUUCUUUUUUUUUUUUUUUUCCUCUCCAUCCAUUGGCUGGUAUUGAUGUCACUGAUGUACAUUUAUGUAGCUCUGGAGUCCACAUCCAGUGCACUGGGUCUUUUUAGCUUUCUUAUUAUUUCAAGAGGUUUUGUGCAUAUUUGGAUUCAUCAAGUUUGCUUCAUGUGCUUUCUGGGAAAUUUCCUCCAGGUAGAACAACAAGCACAAGACACUGGUGUUACUUGACACAUCAUUGAUGAGCAGCCUUUUCAUGCUGCACAUUGCUCUAAGUAUUUUAGCAACAUAAAUGCCAAACUCUCCAUGGUUCCAGCUUCUCAAAUGUGCAGGGAUUUGCUUCUUUUUUCAGUUUUAGAUGAGUGGAAAUUGAAUCUCUUUGGACUGUUGUUUGGACAAAAAAAAGCUAUUUCAAAGCAUUGGUGAGUUCUGAGAAAAUGUGAUGGUAAUUUUGCACUAGAGUCUGACAAAUAUUAGAUUUUUGAGGCCAAUACAUGCUGCAGAUAUGAAAGAUAAAACUAAUCUGGUACGAUAUAUUGGUCAAUGUUAUUAUUUUCACACAGCCACAAAUUGUAAAUGAACAUGUUUUCCAUAGUUUCCUUUAAUUUGAUUAGUAAAGAA